AUGAAUGACGGCUCCCUGCUGAACUUCAUAAAGGAGAACAGUCAAUCCCUCAUUCAGAGGAUGAACAUCAUAGUUACCAAGCAAAUCUCAGACGAUCUGUUUGCACGAAGCAUUCUCAACUAUGAAGAAGUCGCCAAUAUUUGCUGUAAGAAGGCAGAUCAGGACGCUGCACGAGAAAUUAUUCAUAUGAUUCUGAAGAAGGGCUCAGAGGCCUGCAGCCUCUUUCUUAAGUAUCUUGAGAAGUGGGAUUCUGCUAUGUAUCAGGACUUAACUGGACAAAGUAUUUUUCAUCAGAACACAGAUGAAGACUUGGAUGUCCUGGCUCAGAAUUUAAAAUACUUAUAUGACAGCCCCGCCUUUCUGAACUUCUACCCCCUGGGUCAAGAUAUUGACAUCAUUUUUAAUCUGAAGCGCACCUUCACGGAACCUGUCCUGUGGAGGAAGGACCAUCGUCAUCACCGUGUGGAGCAGCUAACCCUGGGCAGUCUUUUGGAGGCUCUCCAGAGCCCCUGCCUCAUUGAAGGGGAGUCUGGCAAGGGGAAGUCCACACUGCUACAGAGAAUUGCCAUGCUCUGGGCCUCUGGGGAGUGCAAAGCUCUGAACAGGUUCAAACUGGUCUUCUUUGUCCGCCUGAGCAGCGCUGGCCGCGGACUGUUUGAAACAGUGUGUGACCAGCUCCUGACUGUACCCGACUCCAUUAGCAAGUCAGGGUUCAUGGCUAUGCUGGUGAAGCUGCAGCAGGAAGUCCUCUUUCUCCUCGAUGGUUACAACGAAUUUCAGUCCCAGAACUGCCAGGAAAUCGAAGACCUGAUAAAGCAAAACCAUCGUUUCAAGAACAUGGUCAUUGUCACUACCACCACCGAGUGCCUGAGACAUAUCAGACAUGUUGGCGCCUUGACUGCCGAGGUUGGGGAUAUGACAGAAGACAGUGCCCAGGUUCUCAUCCAAGAAGUAUUGAUGAAGGAGCUGGCUGACGGUCUGUUAUCCCAGAUCCAGGUGUCCAAGUACUUGAGAAAUCUGAUGAAGACCCCUCUCUUUGUGGUGAUCACCUGUGCAAUCCAGAUGGGCAGGAAGGAAUUCAAAGAUCACACACAAACCACACUGUUCCAAACCUUCUACGACCUGCUGAUAAAGAAAAACAAGCACAGGCACAGAGGUGGGGCUGAGAGUGAUUUUGUCAGGAGCCUAGACUGCUGUGGAGACCUGGCCCUGGAGGGCGUGUUCUCCCACAGGUUUGCCUUUGAGCCUGAGGAUCUGUCCAGCAUGAACGAAGACGUCCUGGUGGCCACUGGGCUGCUCUGUAAGUACACAGCUCAGAGGCUGACAGCCAAGUAUAAAUUCUUUCAUAAAUCAUUCCAAGAGUACACAGCAGGACGCAGACUUAGCCGCUUGUUGAUUUCCAGAGAACCAGCGGAGGUGAGCAAGGGGAAUGAGUAUUUGCAGAGAAUGGUUUCCAUCUCUGACAUCACAUCCCUGUACAGCAAUCUACUCCUCUACACAUGUGGGUCGUCCACAGAAGCCACCAGGGCUGUCUUGAGGCACCUUGCACUGGUGACUGAGCAUGGCAGCUUACAAGGGCUUUCUGUCACCAGGAGGCCUCUCUGGAGGCAGGAAUCUCUACAGAGCAUGAGAGACACCACUGAGCAAGAUCAUCUGAAAGCCAAGAAUGUAAAUUCUUUUGUGGAGUGUGGCAUCAAUUUAUUCUCUGAGAGCAUAUCUAAAUCAGUGCUGAGCCAAGAAUUUGAAGCUUUCUUUACUGGUAAAAGUUUAUUCAUCGACUCAGAGAACAUUCCUGAUUAUUUAUUUGACUUCUUUGAACAAUUACCUAAUUGUGUAAGCGCACUGGACUUCGUGAAGCUGGACUUUUAUGGAAGAGCUACCGCUUCCCAGGACAAAGCUGUCGAGAACAACCCUGGAGUGCACAUGGAAGGCCCCUCAGAAACCUACAUCCCCAGCAGGGCUGUGUCUUUGUUCUUCAACUGGAAGCAGGAAUUCAAGACUCUAGAGGUCACUCUCCGGGAUAUCAGCAAGUUGGAUAAACAAGACAUCAAACAUCUGGGGAAGAUAUUCAGCUCCGCCACCAACCUUCGGUUGUACAUCAAGAGAUGUGCAGCUGUGACUGGGAGUCUCAGUUCAGUCCUCCGGACUUGUAAGAACAUCUAUUCCCUCGCUGUGGAAGCCAGUCCCCUGACCAUAGACGAUGAGCAGCACAUCACGUCUGUGACAAACCUCCAGAACCUGAGCAUUCACAGCUUGCAGACUCAGGGGCUGCCAGGUGGUCUGACUGACAGCUUGGGUAAUCUGAAGAACCUUGUGAAGCUCGUCCUGGACAACAUUGGGAUGAAGGAGGAAGAUGCUAAAAACCUAGCCAAAGGCCUGGGAAACCUGAAGAAGAUGAGCUUAUUUCAUCUGACCCAUUUGUCUGAUAUCGGGGAGGGGAUGGAUUCCAUAAUUGAGUCUCUGUCGGGAGAACCCUGUGACCUGCAAGAGAUGAAGUUGGUGGCCUGCUGUCUGACGGCGAAUUCUGUGAAAACCCUAGCACAGAAUCUUCACAAUUUGGUCAAACUGAACGUUCUCGAUAUAUCAGAAAAUUAUCUGGCAAAGGAUGGAAAUGAAGCUGUACAGGAACUGAUUGGCAGGCUCAGCAUUCUGGAACAGCUAACCACACUGAUGCUGCCGUGGUGUACAGAUGUGCUCAUCACCCUGCCCAGCCUGCUGAAGCAGCUGGAGGUGGUCCCAGGGCUCCUGAAGCUUGGACUGAAAAACUGGAAACUCGGGGAUGCAGAGAUCAGAAAUAUAGGUGACUUUCUGGAGAUGAAUCCUCUGAGAAGCCUGCAGCAGUUGGAUUUAGCGGGAAAUUGUGUGAGCAGUGACGGAUGGCUGUCCUUCAUGAACGCAUUUGAGAACUUUAAACAAUUAGUAUUUUUUGACUUUAGUACCGAAGAAUUUUUACCAGAUGCUUCAUUGGUGAGAAAACUUAGUCAAGUAUUAUCAAAGUUACCUGUUCUGCAAGAAGCUAGGCUCACUGGUUGGGAGCUGGAUGACUAUGACCUCAGCAUCAUUAAAGGCACUUUUAAGCUAUUAAUUGAUUAA